GUUCUGUUGUCCUUGUUUUUGUUCCAUUGUGUUUAUUUCUCCUUGCGCGUUCUAUUCCUGAGCGCAUGUCAACCAUCAAUCCAACUGGUUUUCGGUUUGCAUAUUUGCCAUGCUUCCGCUGGAGCCUUUCGAGUGUCGGACAGCUUUGGAUAUACAGCGGGCUCUUACGGGGGCCGCUUCAGAGGCAAGGGAGGCAAUUCCUGAACUAACAACAGUAUGUAGGUGGCAGAUGAUGGUACAGUAGAUAGUUUUUGGAUGUUUUCGGGAUGAUUGGUUUCCUGUGUACCUUGCCAUGCGUUCUUGCGUAGCGCGAUGUCAGCUUGAGUCGCAAUGUCGGUCUGCAAGGAAGUGGUGCUUUCAGAGGUGGAUGACUUGGACCUUUGCAUGAAGGAACUGCUUUCCAACGCUGAUGCCAUGACCAUGAUCACAUCACUCAAGCUUGUCUCCUUGUCCUUGGGCGCUCAUCAUUUGGAGCUGCUUGGUGAAGUACUGGGCGGCUCAAGUGAUUGGAGACCAGCGCCCGUGGAUGAAGGCGAAGAGACCGAAGAAGUGCAAAUGGAUCUUUUUGAUGAUGUCCAGGAUGCCGUGCAGGCAGCUAGCCCUUGCCAAGAGAAAUCUUUAGAAGAAGAUGUCGAGGUCAAAGGCCAGCAGCUCAAGUCGCUGCAAAUCUUGAGAUGCCCUGGGCCAUCCAGUGAUGCAUGGUCACCUUUGUGGCAAAGCUUGCCCACGAGCCUGACAGAAUUAGACAUCUCUGAGAAUAGCCUCAGUGACCAUGCAGUUGCCGCCCUUUGCGGAGCUUUGCGUCAACGCAGCAUGCGCUUGACCUACUUGACCUUGCAAGGAAACCGAUGCAAAGACGUGCAACGCCUUGCAGACUUGAUUUCCCGUGGAGGUGUGGAGAUCCUUGACCUUGCGGAAAAUCUCCUGAACGACAAGAGCAUCCAGCAGCUGUGUGAAGCUUUGCCGUCGCCCAGCUGCAGACUUGUUAGCUUGCGUCUCGAUGACAAUCGGCGCAUCACUUCCUCUGGGUUAUCCGGGCUUUUCGACUUACUUCCCAGGACUGGGAUCCGCUCCCUAGCAUUGCGUCGCACUUCUAUGUGCGACAAAGGUGCAGCCGCCCUGGCGACCAGCUUGGGAAAGUGCAAGCUAAGCUAUUUGGACAUUGCCGGCCAUCACUUCUCGCUGCCGCUAGUGCAGGAGCUGAUAGCCGCCGUCGAAGAAGCAUCAGGAGUUUCCAGUCUUGUUCUUGAUGACGCUUAUCAGCAAGUUCAUUGGAAGCGAUGUCAGCAGCUCUCAGAUAUCCUGAGUGGAGGGAUGAAUGCCCCGGAUGAAGCCGGCAAAGCGAGAUGGCAACAAAAAUAGUUAAAGCCCAAAUGAGUGCUCAAUUCCGAAGUGGG